CGCCGUCCGUCGCUUUUUCCAGAUCAUGAUCACGCCUAUGACAUAGAGAAAGAGGGAAAUGUUGAUUGAGCAAAGUUAGACGGUCAAAUCACGACACGGCCGUCGUGCGGCGAUCGUGGGAGCUUGGAAAAAAGUCGGCCGGCCGUGUGGGGUAUAUAUCGCGCGCGCGUUUAUGUGCGAGCACGACUUGAAGCUGCUGCAGUCGACCGAUAGUGGAAUGCUCGCCGAGGGGGAGGGGGGUGACACACGUUCGCCGUCGCGGCGAGAUCCAGCGAGAGAGCGAGAUGCAUUGCGCGCUAUAUAUGUAUGUCACCGAGGUGGUGUGCUCGCGGAUCAUCCGUAUAUGCGGGAGCUCUUAAAUAUUAAUAACGCCGCGGAUGCUAUCGCGCGCCGAAAUGAUGCGCGAGUGACGGGCCGGGCAACGGGCUGAUCACCGAUCGCCGUUCCACCGAUGCGUCGUGCAUGCCCGGGCGCGGCUAGAAUGCGUGCCCGUGCUCGCUACGGAUUGUACGAAUUGCAAAUAAGCAGCGCGGAUGGACGCGGCCAUGUUUCCUGGUAGCAGAAAUCUUAUCCAUUAAUAAUUCGCUGAACGUGCGAGCCACGAAGUGGAGCGCGGUGCAGAAUGCCGAAAUGCGAUGUGAAGACAAGAUAUCUGCCAGCUACGUUCGCGUGGACGGUUCUACUCGGCACUACGACACUCUUCUUCUCCUUCCCGUGCCAAUAUUACGUCUCUCGAUGGGGCCCGUGGGUACCGGUUUUGCAAGGAGUCAUCACCUUCUUCGUGCUGGCGAACUUCACACUGGCUACGUUUAUGGACCCGGGUGUUAUACCGAGAGCACCUCCUGACGAAGAUCGAGAAGAUGAUUUCCGAGCACCGCUAUACAAAAAUGUUGAGAUUAAUGGUAUCACUGUGCGUAUGAAGUGGUGUGUCACCUGCAAGUUCUACCGACCUCCACGUUGCUCACAUUGCAGUGUUUGCGAUCACUGUAUCGAAACAUUCGAUCAUCACUGCCCAUGGGUAAACAACUGUAUUGGUAGAAGAAAUUACAGAUUCUUCUUUUUCUUCCUUCUGUCGCUCAGUACCCAUAUGAUCAGUAUAUUUGGGCUCUGUCUGAAUUUUGUACUGAACCGUAAGGAACACUUGAGUGAAGUAGACACUAUUGUUGCAUUCGUGCUCAUGGGAGUGGUAGUGGUCUUAUUCAUUCCAAUACUUGGACUGACUGGUUUUCAUGUGGUCCUUGUUUCCAGAGGACGAACCACUAACGAACAGGUAACAGGCAAAUUUAAUGGAGGCUACAAUCCUUUCUCUCGUGGCUGUCUACACAACUGUUGUUACACUCAAUUUGGACCACAGUACCCAAGUCUAAUUAAGCCUGAAAAAUAUUCAGGAAAUCGACGUGGAGCUUAUGCAUCAGAGAUAUCUACUAUAGGCAGUGAGAACCAGGUAAAGACCUACAUGGAUAGCAGCAAUGGUGUUAGAAAUGCCAGUUCAAAUGCUUACAAUAAGUUGUCUCCCGGACGAGACGGAUCGGAUACAGACAUGGAACCGACGGCGUCUCAGUCCGCAGACUGCGAACCUACGCCACCGUUGCAAAGACACGGCUCCAAAAGCAAUUUCUUCCUGCCACCUGUGGAGAACAACGAGUCUCCCAGGCAUCCUCCGACGGCGCAGCACCGCCAUCCAAUACUUUAUCCUAGAGGCAGUCCACAUCCGAGGCCAAGAGGGAUGAAUGGAUCUCGAAGUCACACGCCGGAUCCGUUAUCACCGGAAACCAGCGGUUCGCCAGCCACAGCGCCUCAACGUGGCCAGGGCCAAGGUGGUGCCAGUCCGACGAUGCAGCAACGCAUCAAAGCUAUCGGAGUGCCCACUCCGCUUGCCAUAUCCAGCCCUAUACGAAGAUCGAACCCGGGCACACCGACGCAGGUACGUCGGCCGGAUUUCAUAGGCGUGAACGAGGCGCCGACUUACUACGAUAUGCAGCAGGCAAACACCGGCGGGAUCAGCGUCACCGGCCCGGUAGUUACCGGCUACAGUCCGCAGCGACGUUUCCUGUCGGAGAGCGAGCUCGUGCGACAGGGCACCGACCACCCGUACUCGCGCACCAAUAACACAGUCGACAACAUACGUGAGCUCGCGGGCUCGCCGCAGCGCGGUGUCUAUAUGUGGAAGGACAAUUCACCCAGCAGCUAUCCAGGUCCACCCGCCGCCGGGGGCGGCGGCGGCGUCGUUGGAACAGGAGGAGGUAGUGGAGGAGGAGGAACAGGAGUGGCGGUGAGCAGUGCGCCGCAUCAGUCACCCUCCCAACGGCCGCACCCACCCUACGACUAUUACCGCUCGAAUCCUACCAGCCCGACCCAGCAGCCAUACGCGCAGCCGAACGCUCCUAGAGCAGCGUAUCACCCUGCCAUGAGAGGUGGAGUGCCAGUCUUCCCGCCGCAUCAGCCGCACCAGUCACCGCAGGUGAAACGGAAAGCCACGAUGGUGACGCCGACCACGCCGACCUCGGGAGACGCGCGACGCCGGCCGAUGUCGUUCGUCCGGGCCUUGGAGAUGACCGACUCCAUGGAGAUGGUCUCGGCGCCGAACGAUCCGAGAUCGCAGCGACCGACGACGCCGACGCCGGACCGGGCGAGUGUGUAUGACAUGAACUACGAGAUAUCCGUAUAGCCCAGCUUUCCGGUCUCCGCACCAUCCUGCGGCUGGACGGAGAUUGUACAAGAGCCGCCGAUUCUGCGCGUCUCUCGCUCCAACGAGGAAAGAAUGUACGCCGUUUACGAGAUAUCCGUCUGAAUUCUUCCGCGAGAUCGAGGCAGUCACGGAACUUUGUUACAAGCGCGAGCGCACGAGCAUGUUGAAGAAGUCGCACGCGAACGGCUCCGGGAUUUCAUCGGUCGGUCUCUGCUCGGUCUUUCUCUCUCUCACUCGAGUGCGUCGUGAAAACAUCGUUGUUCUCGAGGAGCGUGAGCUCUCGGACUCGAACUCGCAGCGAAUGAGACGUACGCACGGUCGCGUGCACCCAUGCACGGGCUAUCACUGGUGAUGAACGUGCGUGCGUGCGUGGUGUGUGUCUGUUUAUGUGUGAGCGCGCGCGCGCGCGCAUGUAUCACAUCAAUUGACAUUAUCUACGAUGGGUCUGUCUCUCUCUCUCUCUCUCUCUCUUUCUCUCUCUCUCUCUCUCUCUCUCUCUCUCUCUCUCUCUCUGCUUUGUCAGCGAGAUUAUUCCAUCGGUGUAACAUCCACUGAACCAAACUGGGCAAGUUGUGAAUAAUCCGGACGGAAAGAGCGAUAUGUACGCGCGUUGAGUUGUUUUUUGUCCCUUAAUUCUUCCUACGACAUGCAUUGGAAUCGAUUCUUCUGUGGUACAGCAGCGAGAGGGAGGAAAAUUGUGUCCCGCGCACGCAAGACGCACCAAAAUGGCACGCGAGUGCCCUGUCGUAUCGGCAAUAUCAUUAAUUUAGUCAUUGUUAGCGAGAAAGAGAAAAAGAGAAGAGAAAAGAAAACGUAAUAUAUUCCAUGUGUGUGCGUAUGUGUAUGUGUAUGUGUGUGCGUGUGCGUGUGCGUGUGUGUGAUAUGUGCGUAUGUAUACGUGUGUGCGCGCCAUCGUAGCAGCGAAAUAUGUCCGUUUACGUCGAAAGAAUUGCAACGUUCGGUCCGACUGACGAUCCGAAUUAACGAGUCACGGAGGCGUCAACGAAAGUAUAUAUAUCUCCGAGCGCACAGAGGUUGACCCUUAUUGGGACUUUCGACCGAUAAUCGGCCCCUCUCGCUUAACAGAACAAUUAUAUUUUUUAGUACACAUUAAGGUCAGUUUAGAUUUUUAUACAGCGACACCGUGACUCUCAUCCUCAGCGUAGUAGAAAUGCGACGACGAAAUCCUAUAGCUCUUCGUCUCUUCCGGUUUUUUUCUUCUUUUUUUUCCUCUUUUCUAUUUCUAAUCUCCGCUCGCGCGGAACGGGAGGAGCAUUAGGAAUCCACUUGAUUAAUCCUCGUUAGCUCUUCGGAUAUUAGAGGAGUCCGUGUCCAUUAAAAGAAAAAAAAGAAGGUAAAAAAGAGGGAGUUACUUAACCAACUUAAGUCAUUAUCGGGAUAGAAUAACAAAUUCUGUGUAAAAUAAUCGUGAAAUGUGUAGCAAAUUUUUAAUAUACAUAUUUAACAAUAUUUAUACGUAAAUGAUAAAAAAAAUACAAAACUUUAUAAUUUGACCUGUUUGUUAUAAAUGAUGAUUUUAUCGAUGUGCCCACUAACACAUUUUAUUUCCAUAUAUAAAGGGUUCGCGAGGAGAGGGAGGGAGAGGGAGAGGGAGAGAGAGAGAGAGAGAGAGAGAGAGAGAGAGAGAGAGAGAAUGAAAGAGAGAAAGUAUGAGUGUAUAGAAGACAGAUAACGAGUGCGAACGAGAGGAAUGAACUUUUAAGAGAAUGAGAAGUACACAGUCCUAGAUUUCAAAACGAAAAAAUGUAUACAGGGAUGAAUGUGUCCGUGUGUGCGAACGUAAAA